AUGGACACAAUUGCAAAUUGUAGUUCUAGGAAAGUGAAAGAACGCUACCUACAAAAGUAUUUCAGUGCCGACGAGAACUUCGACUCUACAUAUCCUGUAAACUACGUCAAUAACCCCUUCCUUUUAAUCCAAGGUGCUACGAAAAUAUUGCAGUUUGGUUCGUGGACUUACAGCGGCAACUUCAUUGAUUUACGCAUCAAUGGACCCGAGGGAAUGAACAUAUCGGAACAGGGAAUGGACAUAUCAUACUAUGUCGAAAAUGGAGAAUGGAAUUUAUUAGCUGUUCCUGCUCGCAACGAAACGAAUGUUUUUGAUGAUCAGCCAUAUCCUUCUCUUUACUUUUAUCUUGUUAUUCAAAGAAGAACUCUAUAUUACGGUUUAAAUCUAAUAAUUCCUUCGCUUCUCAUAUCACUUAUGACGGUUCUUGGCUUCACCCUGCCCCCGGACGCCGGAGAAAAAAUUACUUUAGAGAUUACUAUUCUUCUGUCAGUUUGCUUCUUCCUUAGCAUGGUCGCAGAUAUGACUCCACCCACUUCUGAAGCAGUGCCACUUAUUGGUAAGUUAUUAGUUAAUCUUAUGUCACAUAGCAAAUUCACUUCUUAA